AUGAGUAAGGCAUUGAAGAAGCUCGAGUGGCUUGUGAUCAUCUACGAUAAGCCUAUCAACCAGAGGCUUAAGUUUAGACCUACGCAUUUCCAGGCAAUUCCUAAACUGUUCGAGAACGGAACCGUUACCAGUGCUGGACCAGUGUUUAAAGACGACGAGAGAACACAGUUUGCUGGGUCAGCGUUUACAAUUGCCGCUGAAAAGAAGUCAGACAUUAUUGAUUUUUUGAAACAAGAUGUCUACGCUAAGGAAGGAGUCUGGGACUUUGACAAUAUCGUUAUUCAUCCAUAUACCCCGGUGGUAAGAGCACAGAAGGAUUUCCCCAAGUAA